GCCACCAUCCCGUACGUUUCUGUUUCGCACACAUAUACGUGAUGCACGAUGGGAGACGAUGAGACCGUUGGUGCACGAUGUCUUCGCCCCUGUUGCUCCUGUCGCUGCUCGUGGCCUCCGCCGUAAGUGCAGCCCCGAGCGGUCCUUGGGAUGCGUUCAACCUCGCCCCGGAGUCUAGGACUGUCUACCCUCGUGCCAUACACAGUUCCAGUGGCGAUGUGGUGAACGCGGAUGGCCUCGUCUCGGACGGUAGUGCAACGCUGUCCAGUAAUGGCUCGUACAUAACUCUCGACUUCGGGCUCGAGGUUGGAGGACUCAUUUCGAUGAACCUCGACGAAGUCAACUCUGACUCGUCUAUCUCUUUGGCCUUCACGGAAUCUCCGAUGUUCAUCAGCCCGUACACCUCCGACGACUCUUCGUACCCUUCUGCUAACAUGUCUUACGACGGCGUCCUGCUCGUCUCUCCGCCACUUGAAACUGGGCUGUGGACGCAGCCACCCGAACGACUGAGAGGCGGCUUCCGUUAUUUGACCGUCGCAUCUACGUCUACUAUCAAUAUCACGAUCGCAAACGUCUCUUGUGCGAUCUCCUUUAUGCCUCAUUACGAGAACAUGAGAAACUACAGCGGUUAUUUCUAUGCAUCCGACCCAACCUACUUUGAUGAGGACUUCUUGACGAAGAUAUGGUAUUCUGGCGCAUAUACGGUACAAACAGACACUGUCCCGUUGAACACAGGCAGAAUGGUGCCUUUCGUCUCUUCCCCUGGCUGGCUGAAUAACGCGACACUUGGUAUCGCGGGACCGAUCAUCGUUGACGGCGCGAAGCGUGAUCGUGCCGUCUGGCCAGGUGACAUGGGUAUCGCCGUGCCGACCCAAUUCGUAUCGACGAACGACCUCAUCCCGACCCGCAACGCGCUCUCAACUAUGUUCUCCCAGAUCAACCCGGACACCGGCGAGCUGCCCGAGUCUGGCCCGCCUCUGAGCCAGACGGGCAGCGACACUUACCACGGCUGGACCCUGAUCGGGACGUACAAUUACCAUCUGUACUCAGGGGACAUCGAAUGGCUGGAGGGCAUUUGGGUGAACUACACAAAGGCGGUGUCGUAUUUGGAGAGCUUGGUGGUUGACAGCACGGGCCUGCUUAACGUCACCGGAACGCGGGACUGGGGCAGGCUUUGGCAGGGCGGAUACAACUCUGAGGCGAAUGCUAUAUUUUACAAGGUCCUCACGAAUAGUGCUGAAUUGGCCAAUUACUUGGGUGAUAGCGAGCUCUCUGCAGCUUGGUCGGCGAACGCCUCUGCUUUGAAAACGACCUUCAAAGGCGCCUUUUGGUCGGAUAGCGAGGGCAUGUACAAGGACAACCUUACGUCAUCGCUCUUCCCGCAGGACGCCAACUCCCUCGCUAUACUUUUCAACCUGACUGAAUGUUCGGAACAGGCUUCGCGUAUCAGUGAAGGACUUGCUCGGUAUUGGAGCGACUUUGGGUCCGUGGCGCCUGAGUUGCCAGAUACGAUUGCACCUUUCAUCGGUGGAUUCGAACUGCAAGCACACUUCGUCGCCGGGAACGAUAGUCGUGCUAUGGACCUGCUACAUCGUGAAUGGGGAUACAUGUUGUAUACACCACUGAGCGUCCAAUCGACAAUGCUGGAGGGCUACACCUCGAAUGGGUCUCUAUACUACCGCUCCUACGACGGCUACAACUACGAUGCGUCCUACGUCAGCCACUCGCACGGCUGGAGCACCGGGCCAACAUCAGCGUUAACAUAUUACGUCCUGGGCCUCACUGUUACGUCGCCGAAGGGACAGACAUGGUCCGUCGCGCCUCACAUCUCUGGUCUUCCGUCUGCGGAGGGCGGGUUCGAGACGCCGCUUGGUUGGUUCGGAGUGAAUUGGUCUUCCAGUGCAGAUGGCUUCGAGCUGUCGAUCUCCACCCCGCAAGGCACAAGUGGUGUUGUGAAGCUGUCGAUAAACGGUACGGUCAUAGUGGACCGAAGCGAGGUUAAUGGCGGCGGUUCUGGGUUGAUCGAGCUGGACGGCGGAGACCAUAUCGUGUAUGUACGAAGUUGACAAUAGUGUUGGUUUCGUGGUUGUGGACGCUCCUAGUCAUGUCGCCAAUGUAAUGUUGAGUGAAUCUCUCGGAAUGUUGAUGGCAAC